UUCACAUUCCCUUUGUUCCCUUCACACUAUCUCCUUUUACUUUGGAUAUUUUUCCCGUACUACUAGAGAUUUUCUUUUAAUUUAUUCGAAAUAUUUGAUUGUUAUUAAUUUUUUAUAGAUGAGAUUUUGUUCUCCUACGCAAUGUACAAAUGUAAUACAAAUGACAAACGUUGUUGACACUCAAGAUGGUAGUAGUGACUACAUUCAAUUAAAUCAGUACAAGCUUAUGGAGGAGAUUGCCCAGGGCUCUUACAGUAUUGUCAAAUUGGCAUAUAACGAGCAGGAUCGAAAUUUGUAUGCGUUGAAGGUGCUUGAUAAAUUGAAGUUGGUCAAAAACUUUGCCUGUUUUCGUCCCCCACCUCUCCGAAAGCGUGGAGGAAGUACUCAAAACAAUCCUCCAACCUCCCAACAGUCAUUAUCUGUACACAGAAACCCUUUACAAUUAGUGCAACGAGAAAUUGCCAUAUUAAAGAAACUUGCACAUCCAAAUGUUGUUAAAUUAGUGGAGGAUAAUUUUCUCUAUAUGGUCUUCGAAUAUAUGGAAAGGCGUUCUUUAAUGGAAUUGCCUACUCAAAACCCGUUGAAUGAACAAUUAGCUUGGAAAUAUUUUAGAGAUACACUUAAAGGAUUGGAAUACCUCCACUAUCAAAAAAUUGUACAUCGCGAUCUCAAAAUUGCCGAUUUUGGUGUUUCUUGCGAAUUUGAAGGAAUUGAUGCUUUUUUGACUGGGACUGCUGGUACCCCAGCAUUUAUGGCCCCGGAGGCACUCUCAGAAAACUCAAAUCAGUUUUACAGCGGACGUGCUCAGGAUAUUUGGUCGCUUGGUAUUACAUUAUAUGCCCUUGUUUUUGGAAAUGUGCCUUGGUAUGACCCUUAUGUUAUUGCUCUCUACAAAAAAAUAAAAAAUGAUCCAGUAACCCUUCCAGAGAAUAUACCAAUUAGUGACCCUCUCAAAGGGUUAAUACUUGGGUAG